CUGUGUCUUCAGCUGGUGAGGAAUCCCAAAGAUGGUCAAAGAGGACUCUACUGUUCGUUGCUUCCAGGGCCUGCUAAUUUUUGGAAAUGUGAUCAUUGGUAUGUGUGGUAUCGCGCUGACGGCAGAGUGCAUCUUUUUUGUAUCUGACCAACACAGCCUGUACCCACUGCUUGAAGCCACCGACAACGAUGACAUCUAUGGAGCCGCUUGGAUUGGCAUGUUUGUUGGCAUCUGCCUCUUCUGCCUAUCUGUUCUUGGCAUUGUAGGCAUCAUGAAGUCCAAUAGGAAAAUUCUUCUGGCGUAUUUCAUUCUGAUGUUUAUAGUCUAUGGCUUUGAGGUGGCAUCUUGUAUCACAGCAGCAACACAACGAGACUUUUUCACAACCAACCUCUUCCUGAAGCAGAUGUUGGAGAGGUACCAAAACAACAGCCCUCCAAGCAAUGAUGACAGAUGGAAAAACAAUGGAGUCACCAAGACCUGGGACAGGCUCAUGCUUCAGGACAAUUGCUGUGGUGUAAAUGGUCCAUCAGAUUGGCAAAAAUACACAUCUGCCUUCAGGACUGAGAAUAAUGAUGCCGACUAUCCCUGGCCUCGUCAGUGCUGUGUUAUGAACAAUCUUAAAGAACCACUCAACCUGGAAGCCUGCAAACUAGGAGUGCCUGGUUACUAUCACAGUCAGGGAUGCUAUGAACUGAUCUCUGGGCCAAUGGACCGACAUGCUUGGGGUGUUGCCUGGUUUGGAUUUGCCAUUCUCUGCUGGACCUUUUGGGUUCUCCUGGGUACCAUGUUCUACUGGAGCAGAAUUGAAUAUUGAGAA